AUGAGCCCCUACAGCAACUACUAUGGAGGCCUGGACUACGGCUUUGGAAGCUUCGGUGGCCUGGGCUCUGGAUGUGGCCUUGGAUGGGGCAGCUUUGGCAGACUGGGCUGUGGCUGUGGUUUUGGAGGCAACAAAUAUGGCUUCUACCGUCCAUCAUUCUAUGGAAGAUAUGGAUUCUCUAGCUUCUACUGA